CCCAUGUCCACUUUUACCCGUUUCGUAAGAUCCGCCUCCGGGUCGGCUGCCACGCUAUCUGCGGUGAGUAGGGCGAUGUCGUCGGUAGUUUCCGAGUCGAGCGCGCGGAUGCCGGCAAGCUUUGGGCUGGCGGGUUCGUCUGUUCCGGUGGUAAGGAGAGAUCCAGCGGAGAGGAACGUGCAAUGGGUUUUCCUUGGGUGUCCUGGUGUGGGCAAGGGCACUUAUGCUAGCCGCCUUUCGCAGUUCCUCGGUGUGCCUCAUAUCGCCACCGGUGAUCUGGUCCGGGAAGAGCUCUCAUCCGCCGGACCGCUAGCUGGUCAGCUUGCGGAGAUUGUCAAUCGAGGCAAAUUGGUACCUGAUGAAUUUAUCAUAGACUUAUUGUCAAAACGGCUUGAAAGAGGUGAAGCUAAUGGUGAAUCUGGAUUCAUUCUUGAUGGUUUCCCGAGGACUAUAAAACAAGCAGAAAUACUUGAGGGAAUAAUGGAUAUAGAUCUUGUAGUGAAUCUUAAGCUUAGAGAAGAGGUGCUUAUCGAGAAAUGCCUUGGUAGAAGGAUUUGCAGCCAGUGUGGCAAAAAUUUCAAUGUCGCCUCAAUUCAUUUAAAGGGAGAAAAUGGUAGACCUGGAAUAUCAAUGGCUCCACUCCCACCACCUCCUCAGUGUGCGUCAAAGCUCAUUACUAGAGCUGAUGACUCUGAGGAUGUUGUGAAGGAAAGACUGCGCGUGUACCAUGAUCUGAGGAAUUCUAUCGGAGCAGAGGAAAACUGCUGGAGUUUGAUUUACCAGGGGGCAUCCCAGAAUCUUGGCCGAAGCUACUGCAAGCACUAAAUCUGGAAGAUCCUGAUGAGAAGCAAUCUGCAGCGGCUUGAUAAUUAAUUUGGGUUGCAUUUGGGAAGCCAUCUCAAGAAUCAUUCUUUGAAUAAAAUUUCCUCAAAAUGAGGCUUCAGUUUUUUUCGCAACCAAUAGAAUUAUUAUUAUAUUAUUGGUAUGAAUGCUCUUUACGAAUUAUUAUUUUUGUGUAAUAGUUUUAUUGAUCGCACAGCAAUAUUGUUUUUUUCUGAGGCAAAGCCAUUAUUCCCAUGUUUUUGGGUGAUGGAAACAUUCUGGCUAGAGGAUUGUUGAGGCAGAUGUUUUUAUCAUCUCGGCUUUCAUUUGUAAGAAGUUCAGCUUUUUAAUUGUGAAAUUUUAGUGGUAAAUGGAAUUUAUUGUUAUAUAA